CAGGCCAAACAUUAUCUUUUUAAGUUUUUUUUUUUAGAAUAUGCUUGAAAUUACGUCCGUAGGCUAACUGCUGAAUCUCGCAGCCUUGUUUCAGGUUUUUAAACCACACUUAAAUCAGUUAGUAUGUUUAGACUCCCCUUCCUAAGGUAGUUCAUACUCCAGCUAAAUCCUGAAAUGAAGAGACGGAAAUGAAACGACCCAGUGUGUGCACUCAGUAUUAACCGAAUUGAUCUUUUUUUGCUUGGAAAUGCCGUCAUUAUACCAAUUUGUAUUAUUUCCACAUAUCGGCAUUGGAGCUACAGGGUGCUAACGUAAGCCGCUUAACCAUUUCGUCUGUUUAAUACCUAAGCUAGCAACUCAGGCACAAAGUAGGCUCACUGAUCAUAGCAUUUUUGCCGCAGUUCCGACGUCCUGCUUUGAGUAAAUUUAGGUUACAUUACGAGUCACUUCUCGAAUGCAAACUGCGGAAAGUCAAAACUAAAUAGGGGCAGCUGUUGGAACAGAUAGAUAUUCACAGAACUCAACAAACGCAUAGAUAUGUUUAUACGGUUUAGCUUGUUUGUCAUAUUAUUCCGUCUGCUAGCCAAUGACACGGAUAGUAGUUUCGACGCGAAAAUAGCGAACCUCAAAAACAAGACUAUGUUGAUCAUCAUACGAGCCAUCCAUUCCGGGCCAUGGAUGGAUGGAGUUAUAGCCAACCGCGAGAUGAAGUCAAGCUAAGGCUGGUCUUAAAAAAGUGCUCAGUCUAGUUGAUUACUAUAUUGUCUGAAUUAGGCUAACAUCAGCGUAAUGUUUCAAUCGUCGAAAUUGUAAUAGUAUCGAGUCGUAAUGGUCCGGAAGAUUGCGGAUAACAGGCCAACGGUUGGCCUCGAGGAUACCAGUAGUCAGUUGAAGGUUUCAAUUUUGGGCCAUUUGUCAUUAGGGAAGGACGGGUCGAUCAAUAAAAGAUGGGCCAAACCUGUUGUUCAGGUGAGAAAUGCACGACCAUGUAAAAGUUGACUUGAGCCCUAACGAAAGGGCAGCUAGCGUCGUAUAUUGCGCAGACGACUGUAGAGACAACCGUGACGGAGUACGUCGAGAGAAACCAAACGCAAUGUCAACAAUACCUCUAUGUGAAUUGAGCAAGAAACAUCGUCCAUCCCGUAUUCAUGGCGGAAACUCAAAAUAACGAAACAUUUUGCUAUAUUAGCUAGCGUGACUUGACAAAAUCUGCGCCCGAUGGUUUUCCAUACCAUCUUAAUCUUUUACUCUAUGCCAUCUAGGUUUGCCUUUAUCUUGCUUUCGUAGUAUGCAUACAUUUACUUCUUACGGGGCUAAAAUUGAAAACCACUGUGAAAAUAGAAGAAAAAACAGCGUAAUAUAUAUAUAUAGAAAAAAAAAAGUAUGGAUUAUAUAUUUUUAGCCUUAUUAAUAAUGUCCGUUAGCUAUAUCUCUGAGAUUUUCUUUCAUGUAGCGGGCGUUUAAGGCGGAAGCUUCAAGAUUGCGACCGGUGGUUCAACGUCAUCGGCGUACGACGAUGUCCCGCGGGUCUCCAUUGAGACUUUUGAGAGCUCACCGGACGACACACCGCCGGAGACUGAAGAGAAGGACAUUGAAGAGCGAGCGACAACCUCCACAGCGCCAUCUCAACAUCAACAACGGCAACAAAUGCCUCAACACAAUGGCACUGGUGGCUGCAGCACCAGCGGUUGCCACUGCAACACCGGAUACGGCUGUAGCAGAAACGCCAGCGAAGACUACAAAAAGACUACAAACAGACCAACAGCGUACCAAGCGACGACCGUUGCUAAAAGCCCACAAACUAAACGGACGCCGAUGGCGACGUGCUCCCAGUGGUCUACUGAAGAAGAGAGUCCAAGUCAUCCUGUGCCUCGGCUGACACCCACCAGCCCCUCGCCAACUCGGAGCCCUCCAGACCGCAACAAAACGAAAGGGAAUAGUAUUGGUCAGGGAGAACCUGUGGACGGGGGUGGCGCUAGUGACCUUGGUGCCCCCAACCUAAGGGGCGGCGAACAGGGUCGACGAAUCUUCCGCGAGCGGUUUCAUACAAUGACAACGAUUGAUAAUGACUCAUCUUCCGGCGAAGACCAAGAUGAAGAGGCUCGUAUAAUCAAAGAAAACCCUCUGGUGCUUGUCAAGCAAGCGUCUGAACUACUUGAAGAUGAAUUGGAUGAAAUGGGUAGCAUAGAUAGCGAUAGCACUGCGCAGGAUGCUCUUGUGGCUCUCCAGGUAAAGCUACAUUCGGCCAAGAACGAUCUGCUGUUUGUUCAAGGACAUCACAAAAUGACUCUACGGGGCCUGCACCGCGAAGUGGAACGUUUGCAAAAAAGUGUUCGGGAAUUACAGUUCGCUCUGAUCACACAGGGAUUGACGCUGGUUGACGAAGAAGCCUAUCAGAAGCGACUGCGGCAACUAGAAACCAGUCUCAAUUACUGGUCAACGAGAUGUAAUUAUCUUCGUAACCAAGUGACGGCAUCAAACAAUCAAAUUGUGCAGUUAAAUUAUCAGAUGCAGCGGCGAGAGGACGAGCUUGACGCGAUGAUUCAGCAACGCGACCGGAAUAUCGCACUUCUCAAACGCGAAUUGGAGCUUAAAAGCAUCGAAGUUGAGGUACUUCGUCAGGUAACAGAAUCCCCGCCUGCGUUGAUUGACGAUCGCCCACCUCUCAAACGAGCUCAUUCAGACGUUAGCAGAGGCUCGACAGAUAUACGCAAUUGCACGCCUCCACAGGCUCCGCGAACUCCACAACAUCGACGCAAGAUGCUCCGCCUCCCGUUGUUGGUAUCCCGAAUGCUUACGAUGUCUGCGUACAAAAAGAAGCCACCAGUGGCAAAUGCUGCCGCAUGUACCCAGCAAGCGUCACCCAAAUCUCGUCAAGUCGCACAAGCGAGAAAUAAAGAAAGAGCCUAAGGGACCUCGCUUGCCAUUCGUCUAUCUUUAGCGCAGUAGAGAGAACUCACAUUGUCGCAUAAGGCCAACAGCAAGGCCAUGGCUGUAAGGAUGAGAGUGUAUCCAUUCUGGCCAGCUAGGCUAGGAACUCAGCCGAUCCCCAGCGGCAAAAACAAAAUGACCUUCCUAAUUUGGCAAGCAAGAGCGGCUUGAUACUGUACAGACACAAAGACACGUCUACCUACAACACGGAAACGUACUCACAUGCACACAUACGCCUACAUAUACAUUAUCGCUGACCCAUUACUGCUACAGUCACAUUUAGAAUUAUAGCUCAUUACGUCCGAUGUUAACGGGGGAUCAACGUUCACAUGUGUGCGGGUUCAACAACAUAUUCACUAAAGACGUAGCAAGGAUAUUCAUUGAACCAUUGUUACUACAAGGAAGCAAUUUGGUCAAGUGUACCGACUGCUACAUACGGUCAUUGAGUAUAAGGCAAAUUACAUUAUAUAUUCAUCGUAAAUGUACGAACAUUACAGUAUGCAGACACACAAUACUAUUGCAAUGAGAGGAUCAACCGCAGUAAUCACUAAUUAUUAAUGAGUGGCUGGUAUAUGAAAAUAUCAGAACCAACGACUGGUACGUAAGGACCGAUACAUAGUCUCGCUUCGUUCUGACUUCGUAUAAGUUAUAGAUUCGAGUUACACUUACCUACACUGCGGCCAGAGAAAUCGUUUGAAAAACUAUAUUAAAAGCCACCAUUAAUUAUAUUUAGCGAGUUCCUUAUGACAAAAUGACAACCGGGUUUUUCUCCGGCACAUCAGCAACUUUCAAACUAUUACCGUUAACAAACACGCGCAGUGAAGAUCCUAUCGUAUCGUAUCCUUUUCUAUUGUUACCUCGUUUACUUCAGACAGCGAAUGGAUGGAGCCAAUUCCGCGUACUAGUCUCAACAUCGAGAACUUCGAUGAACGUUUAAAUGAUGAACGUUCACGCAGUAGUGUUAUUCAUAGUAUUAAUUGAGGUGUCAGGAAUUUCUUAUAGAGCGAAACAACGGUAAACACUGAAGGUAGCGCUUGCACAAAUGGUUUGUAACGCACCGUGAAGAGCUGUCGUUGCGCGGUGGUCUUCUAAGCUGACCAGUUGGAGUUAAUCUAGAAGAUGGGUCGACCGUCCUGCAACCGAUGGCCUGUAGGACUCAAGCAGCGCACGGGAUCGUUAUAUUAGCUAUCAUAACGAGGCACCUAAUUCAAGAGCAAUUAUCGCAUAGUUAUGUGAUAAUGCCCAGAGAACAUCAUCACUCCCAAUUAUAAUCGAUAGCAUAUAAACCUCCUCAGGUUGUGAGCGAUCAGAACUAGCAAAUCAGAUUAAACCCAUCAUAUAGGAGAAACUGAAACGCUAUUAGGAUCAGGCUUUUAUGCAAAAUAAUGUAAUGAACUAGUAGCUUAAAAUGUGCAUCACUUUCACAAACACUAUGAUAUUCUUACGAAGCGAGGCCAAUUCAUCAGAUAAACCAAAAGCCAUAUAAUGGCGCACUACUUCUAACGUCAGCCAGUCACGUUAACGCCAUAAUAGUAGAACGUAAGUAAAAAUCAGCCUCAAUAUCAACUCAGGCCGCUACGUCGACCUAAAACAGAAACUAACAGCAAUGAUUUUCAUUACGUGCUGCGGACUACCUUUGCUAGUUUGUUAUGCGUGUCCAUAUAGUGUAGAUACGGGCUCCUAGAAAACAGGCAACAGACGUAAAGGACCAAACGACUCUACGUGCUAUAGCCGUCAGUUGUUAAGAGAUAGUACCAGUAGUGUAGAUUACAGCUAAAAACUAUACAAAAAUUUUACUUUUGGGGACGUUUACGUAGUAAGUGAGGUAUUCGCCUUCAACAGAAACGUUGUUUGUACAUAACCAGGGAUCUGAUGAUGGUCAAAGCAAUUCGACUUCACAAUGCUGCUAACGUUUUCUCAUCUAUAUUCUACACUCACAUACAGAUCUUUCGAAAGACCGCCCAGACAAGCCAAUUGUCGAAGAUAAAGCUUUAGAACAUUCAGUUUAGACUGUUCAGAGGUAAAGUCACGCUAAAAUAACUGCGAUGGAUUAACGCUCUACUUUUAUAAUACAUAACAUGUAUCGUCUGUACAAUGUAUUAUCAUUAGUAAGUAAUAAAAAAAAAGGCACAAAACAACUAUCUACAAUACUAUUA